ACUUCAUUCACGUUUACCAAUUCGAGCAACGAAUUGCUCCAUGAUCGGAAGUAAGAUUUCUUGUAAUUGUAAAUUCUAUCGCUAAAUUUUCUGUAUUGAACGCCUUUAAAUACUAAGAAAGUGAAUGAAAUGCCACCCAAAAAGGCACCUGUUCCCAGUAAAAAAGCGGAUCAGAAGAAAAAGGAGAAAGUCAUUGAGGAUAAAACGUUCGGUAUAAAAAACAAGAAAGGUGCCAAACAACAGAAAUUCAUUCAGCAAGUAGAGAAGCAGGUAAAAUCAGGUGGUGUUAAUCCACGGAAAUUAGAAGAUCCUAAUGUUAAAAAGCUUGAAAAAGAACAAAAAUUAAAGGAGCGGAAAGAAUUAGCUCUCUUAUUUAAGCCUGUGCAAACGCAAAAAAUAGAGAAAGGAAUCGAUCCCAAAUCGGUAGUGUGUACAGCUUUUAAACAAGGAACAUGUAUCAGAGGCGAAAAAUGCAAAUUUUCUCACGAUCUAAGCAUAGAAAGAAAAGCAGAGAAACGUUCGUUAUACUGUGAUAGAAGGGAUGAUGAUAAAGAAUCCGAUACGAUGGAUAAGUGGGAUGAAGAUAAGUUGAAGGAAGUAGUAGAAAAGAAGCAUGGUGGUGGUAAUCGCCCAACAACCGAUAUUAUUUGUAAACAUUUUCUGGAAGCUGUAGAAAAAUCAAAAUACGGAUGGUUUUGGGAAUGUCCAUCUGGACAAAAAUGUAUUUACAGACACGCGUUACCACCCGGUUUUGUACUGAAAAAGGAUAAGAAAAAGGAGGACAAAAAGGACGAAAUUUCUUUGGAAGAUUUAAUCGAAAAAGAACGAGCUAACUUAGGGCCAAAUCAAACUAAAAUAACGCUGGAGACAUUUUUGGCAUGGAAGAAAAGAAAACUAAAAGAAAAGAAAGAGCAAGCUAUUAAAGACGAAGAAAAAAGACGAAACGAUUACAAAGCCGGUCGUCAAGUUGGCAUAUCCGGCAGAGAAAUGUUCUAUUUUAAUCCUGAUCUUGCAGCUGGGGAUGGUAUCGAUGAUGGAGACGAAGCGAUAGAUAGUUAUGUCCGCGAAGACGAUGAAAUAGAUGAAAGGAUGGAAUACAGGGAGCUUGAUAUGGAUAGGCUUGCUCUUGAAGCUAGUGAAAUUGAUAGUAUUGGAAUAACUGUGGCCAGUGUGAAUCGAUUAAAAAGUAAUGAUGUUACGAACAAUGAAGAUUCUAGUGUCACUUUAGGUGAGGGUGCAGCCGCGUUAACAAUUAAUGAGAAUCUGUUUAUGGAAGAAGAUUUAGAAGGUUUAGAAGAGGAACUAGAAGAUUUGGAUUUAGAAGAGUGAUCCAAAUAUAUUGUUUAAAUUCUUCCCCUUACUGUGUCUUCAUUUAUCUGUACUCUUACAAUACAUAUAUUAACAGCAUAUUAUUCACAUAUUCACUAGUUUCAAGUGUGCUGCCUUGUAUAUUGUUAUUUACAUUUUAUUUGCAAACAGUAUAUUUACACAACAAAUAUAUACUACGAAGAGCUGGUCUCGUGCAAAUCACUUUGGAAGUCUACUGUAUUUUAAUGUAAUUAUAAUUUUCAAUUUAUCAUGAUUAAAAGAAUAGUUUAUCAUUUUUUUAUUAUAUCUGUAAAUUGUUUGGCGUUUAUUACCUUGUAAGAGUAAAAAUGAAAUUACGUCGUCGGUAGGAAGUAAUUUAAAUAUUAAUGCAAGCAGAACGAUUUAGUUUGGACAAUGUAUUAUCUUAGGUAAUAGGUAAAAUGGCAAGUUUAGUACAGUGACGAGACUAGCAGAUGAAACAAAACAUAUAUUUUCACAAAAAUAUUGUGUAAUUACCGAGGACUUUGAAUAGUAUGGGUAAUAAAUAAUUUAUAGAGUUUGGUUUAUUUUAGGUCUUACGACGUACGCGUUAUAUCUAUACAUGCGGUAUGUACGAAUAAAAGUAACUAUGCAAAACUCUGUUGUAUAUUACUACAAUUGUUUCAUAAAGUGU